GCCGAAUAUCAUCUCGAUGAAAGGUUAAAGCAGUUCAAGGACUUCUCUAGCAACGUAAACUGCACGGACACUUUCCUGAAAGUGUUGAAGCACAGAAUGGCGGUGUAUAUUUUCAUUGUCACCGGCUACCAUCGUCACGUCGGGUUUGUCGGAGACUACUAUGCAGAUCCAGGCUUGGCAUCUAUGUCCUGGAAAUCCGGAGAGCCAUAUGGAAGGCCGCGCCAACACAUGAUCAUGUCGGUCGUCAACGUCUUCACCUCCAUGCAACAGCCACUCCUGAAGGAGGACUACACACACCUUUUCCGUGGACUCGCUCCUGACCAAGAAGAGCACAUGACCAAAGUCUGGAAAGCCUUCCAAGCAGAUUUGCAGAAGGUGGAGGAGGAGAUUGACAGACGGAACAAAGAGCGCGAGAUCAUGAACAUAAAUAUGUCUCCCAAGGUCAUCGAGAGCACGGUGUCGAAAUGA